AUGACGAAAUUCCUACAGGUGGUUGUCACGCGUCUGAACCUUAAUACAUUUGACGUCCAUUAUGGUGGCACCAAAGCCCAGGUAGUGUCCGCCAGAGCUCUCCGAUCCUCCAACUUCAGACGCGAUGACUUGUACCGGAAAGAAGAGACCAUCGCAGUGACAAUGGCCGGACAGCUACACAGCCCCCGCUACCCCGCCGCGUAUCCACGCAACCUGCUGUUGUCAUGGAAACUGUACUCUCCACCUGGCACACGCAUCCUGCUUGACUUUGACACACAGUUUGGACUGGAGGAACCAGAGAGCGAGGUUUGCAGGUAUGACUUUGUGGAGGUGGAGGACAUUUCUGAGACCAGUACCAUUAUCUGGGGCCGCUGGUGUGGCCAGAAAGGACCAGGACACAUCGCAUCCAAAACCAACACCAUCAAAAUCACCUUUAAAUCAGACGAUUACUUUGUCGCCAAACCAGGGUUUAAAGUCUACUACUCUCUCCUGAAUGACACCCCUCUGCCAGGCUCUUUGAAAAACUGGGAAGCAGUCACCAUUUCCUUAGGUCCACUAGAGUACGAUGUGGGAGUGACGGAGUUGCCGAUGACGGCAGAGACAUUGGACAAGGAUAUUGCUGCGUUCAGUACUGUCGAAGAGCUGCUGAAACAUCUAAACCCUGACAGCUGGCAGAGUGACCUGGAAAACUUAUUCAGAGAGUCCCCACAGUACAGGCCCCGAUCAUACCAUCACCACCAACAGGAACGCAAACACAAGAUUGAUUUGGACAGGCUGUAUGAGGAUGUGAAACGCUACAGCUGCACACCGCGGAACUUCUCCGUUAAUCUGCGUGAGGAGCUGAAGGCCACCAACGCGGUUUUCUUUCCCCGGUGCCUGCUGGUGCAGCGCUGUGGUGGGAACUGUGCGUGCGGCACAGACAACUGGAACUCCUGCACCUGCAGCCCAGGAAAAACCAUUAACAAACUGCAUGAGGUUCUGAAGUUCUCCCCUGGUCCUGGGUAUUUCCGUAAACGGAACCGGGCUCACUGGGUUUUGGAGGAGAUCUAUCUACAGCACCAUGAACGAUGUGACUGUAUCUGUAACAGCCGCCCGCCACGGUGA